GCGCAGGCAUGGCGGGCCGCACGGUGCGGGUGGGGGGCCUCCCCGCCGACCUGCCUCCCGACAGGGUGGCCGACAAGCUGACCAUCCACUUCCUGCGCUCCCGCAACGGCGGCGGCGAGAUCGCCGACGUCCAGGUGCUGGCCGGCUCCCAGGCCUGCGCCCUCAUCACCUUCGAGGCGCUGGAAGUGGCCCAGAGGAUCCUGAAGGCGAAGAAUCACGUCCUGUCGAUCGGAGGGAAGAAGUACCCGCUGGAAGUGACGGCGCAUGUUGCGGAGCUGAGCCCCGAUGAGAUCUUCAUACGUGCUUGCAUGAUAGUUGACUAUGGCAAGCUUCCUGCUGGCAAAACCCUCCUGAGGAACUUGCAUAAAAGCUACAGUAAUGUGCAGUUCGACUUCGACUCCAAGAACACACACUGCAUAGUCAAGGGACAAUUCACUGACCUGCAGGCCUUCAGCAGAGACCUGCUGGGCAGCCUGAACCUCAAGAGCCAAGCCGUUGGAGAGAUCCUCCUUCCAGAUUCCAGCCAUGUGGCCAAAGAGUCCAGAAGGCACGAUCAUCAGCAAGUGCCUGACUCCACUAAGUCAGCACGAGAGACAGCAAAGCUGCCAAAUUGGGACCAGGUGUGUGAAAAGGCAGUUAAAGUCCCAUCACCUCAGGACCCAGUGGAUGGGGAAGCUGUGGAACAGCUGGAGGACUUUUCCCUAGUGAUGGACUCAGACAUUUACUUGUACUUGCAGCGGUUCUGUGCUGCUGAGUACCAAGGUGUGCUACGCCAGCAUUGUGUGGAUGUGGUAGAUGUUAGCAGCGAUGGCAUCGUCAUACUGUACCUCCAACCAUCUGCAGGUAUGCCUGGGGACAUGGACGCCUUGCAACAGGCCCGCCUGGCCCUGCAGCAGCUUUACCAGCAGCUGGAGGUGAGCUUGCGCAAGGAAAAGAUCACCAAGGGAGGACUGGAUAUGGACAGCCAGACACUCAGGGCUCUGACACGUGAGCUGCAGAAACUGUAUCCCCAGUUGCUCUGCCAUGAGGAUGAGAAGCAGCUUUAUCUUAUUGGAAACCUCGUUGAUGUGUCCCAGGCCAAGCAGUACCUUCAGGAUUUCAGCACCAGAAGAGGUGCCACACACACUGUUGACAUGCUCAGCAGGUCCCUGCCCUCACACCCAGCAACCUCCUGCACCACCGAGGCUGCACUGCACAAGCCCAAAGCACCUGUAGACACCUCAACCUCAAGGCUCAGCCCAGGCAGGCCAGAGCUGAAGGGUGAGCUCAAGCUAGCUGCCAGCUUCAGCCCGCUGAAAGCUGACAGGUCUCAGGCCAGCUGGGGCCUCUUGCUGAAUCAGGACUCUCCACCUGUAGGACAGGCGCAGCUUUCUGGAAAACACUUACCAGAGACAGAUGCUCUAGGUCCAAGUGACCCAACAGCACUGACCCAGCAGUACCAGCCUUAUGUCUCUACAACAGAUGUGGUUUUGGGGUCAGCAGCAGAGUCUAGGCAGAAGGAUCCCAAAGAAUGGGACCAUGUGAAAGGAGGUGUCAGGCUUACAAGACACAAGACUCUGUCUCCCUUUGGGGACAAAGAAAACAGCACUUUGCAGCAUCCUGGGGACUCUAAAGGCUCAGGUCCCAUCAAGCACCACCCCCUCGCUAGCACGUCUAGUACCUUUGACACGACAAGGACCUCUUCUGCUUUAGACCCUAAACCCUCUGAAUCUAGGCCUCUGCUGCGACGUUCCAACAGCUUCUCCCUGCCAAGGUCAAAGGAAAGUGACAAGUCCCAAGACACUGGCAGGGCAGACAGUGAAGGCAGUAGGGUGAGUGAAGAAAUGAGCCUGGACUCUCUGCAGUGGUCUUACCUGAAAGACGUUUGCCAUGCUGCUAUUGAUGAACUGUGCAAGCAUGGAGGUGUGCAGAUCUCAGAGCAUCGUACUGGGGACUGCACUGUGCUGACACUACAGGCAGCGGAGAGGAGCAAGCUUUUCCAGGCUAAAUGGAAGGUGGAAGCUCUUGUGCAGAAGUGUCCUGACCUGGUGUGUCAGAGUAUGAGCUACUCGGAGCUCGCUGUAGAUGGUCCAGAUGACAGUGCCCUGAGUGAACUGUGCAGCCUCUUGCGAGGAAACUCCCCUCAGGUUGGACUCAGCAAAGACAAGUACAAGCUCUAUCUUGCCUGCCCCAAGGAGAUGCUGCCAGGAGUGACUGAGGCCUUCCACGUGUUUUCUUCCAGGAGGCUCCAUGCCCUGAAGUCUUCAUCCUUGUCUCCAGGACCAGAGAGUACAGGGCCCUCAAGUGUCAUCCAGCCAAGCAGAAGCCAGGACACGGUGCUGGGUGCAGCCCUUCCUGGCAGCCUGGCAUCCCUGCAGCACCUGAACAUAAGUGAUAAAGCAGACCACACAGAUGUGCUCAGGGCUUUCCGGCUGCCAGAGGCUGAGGAAAAGAGGUCCCCCAGUCCUUGGAGGUUCCAGCAGGCACUGGGGCAGGAGGAGGCCAAUGACCAUGUUGAUUCUGGGGCUGUGCAAGGAGGAAGCUGCCUUCUGAGCCCCAGUGUAGCGGAUAAGCCAAGUCCUGCCGGUCUGAGGGAGUCCCAGGAGCAGCCGAAGACAAAACUGUCUGGGGGGGAGCCUGACAUUGCACGGCUAAAGCAGGUUUUGCCAGACAGAUUCCAGUUUGCAAGAGACAAGAACAAAGGAGGCCAGAAUGAAGCGAUGGGACAGCUGCGCUCAGCAGCUCCUGCAGCAGACGGUGCUCCUCGUUCCCUGCCCACCUGGCUGUACAGGGCUAUGGCUGCUGACCCACCUGAGGCUGCAGCCAAACAGUCGCCUGCAGCAGAGCACAGGGGCCAGGAAAGGGCCCUGCUCUCAACCGGCAGGAGCAAUGUGCAGGAGGAGCCUGACCUCUCGUCACAGCAGACAAGAGGCCCCAGCCUUGGACAGGAAAGUGGCAAGACCCCUCUGGGCCAGUGUGAUGCUUGCCAGGGCUCAGGUGUGACCUGCCAGGCUCCCUGCGGUCAUGCCUUGUGCAGGACAUGUUUUGCAGCAGACAGUACACAGCCAGCUUGCUGCAGCUCCUCCUUGGUUUCCCCGAGCCGCAAGAUCUCAGGGACAUUCAAGAUCUCCUCCCUGUCUCAGAGUCUGCCUGGCUACUAUCGAGACCUAACGCUCCAGAUUGCCUACAACAUCCCUGAUGGCUUGCAAGGGGUUGGUGACCCCCGCCCAGGACAGCCUUACAAAGGGGGGGAUUUCUAUGCCUUCCUGCCUGACAACAGGGAAGGGCAGAAGACAGCAAUGCUGCUGAGGAAAGCAUUUGAGCAUGGGCUGACAUUCCAGAUCAAGUCCUGCAAUGGGGAGGAAAGAGUGACAUGGGGCCUUAUCCCACACAAAACCUCCUGGGAUGGAGGCAAAGCCAGGAAUGGCUAUCCAGAUGCCCAGUAUCUCCGUGAGGUUUGCACAGUACUGAAGAAACUGGGCAUUGCGUAAGACUCCGUGCCUGAGCGGCCACAGCCCAUACCUUUGCUUCCCCUUCCUUUCCAGCUGACAAAACUGCAGCUUAACACAGCCAGUUCAGGAAAAAGCAGGUGUUUGUCCAAGGAGCUCCUGUGUCCCCAGAGGUAGCCAGAAAUCUGCUCAUUAGUGACAGCAGCACCUCCACCCCUGCCCCCCACAAGCCUCAGCAUGGAGCAGAGCUUCCCUGAAACUCCAGCUCCUCCUGGCUGUGUGCUCUCACCAGCCAGUUACGCAGCUUGUUUCAAAAACAGCUCCUGGCUGAGCCCUGGCAUGGCUUUCAGCAGCAUAACCCAAACCUGGGCGGGAGCCUCCAUGUAGUCCAGCCCCAGCUUCUGGAAGCCUCUUGCACCUCUGGCCGCUACAGGCAGGUUCCAGCUCAGCCACCACCAGAGCCUUUGCCAGAGCCGAGCUGUCUAAUUUCAGCUGUUCGGUCACACAUUUCAGUCCUUGAGCAGACAGCCCUGAGCUACAGCCCCUCCCCACCACCUGCUCUGGAGCCAGCAGGCAACCCAAUGCUCUCUUGGGGAGAGCAUUAACAGCUUUCAGCGUCCAGGACAGCUGCCUCCCAUGAGAAUAUACAGGCAUGGACGCAGUCUCUAAGCAGAGAAACACAAAUAAAAUUUAUCCUGCAUUUUUAGUAGUGGUUGUUCACGCCUUGUCUUACCAUCACCCCAGGCCCCCAUUUCAAUCCCAACUGGCUACAGAGACACCCGGACAGAGAGUAAAGUGCAGAAGACAGCUAAGGGUUUUGCAAACAAAAUCACCAUAGCUGCCCUGCAGAACAGGGGAACAACUGAG